CAUCGUCCUCCUCUCGGGAUGGGGAGGCGCACCUCUGCUUCUCUGAAUUUUGCACAGACCUAUAGAACCAAGUCCAAAGAGCAGCUCCUCCCGGAAGCUUGCCCUCAGAAGAUUUCUACCCCUAAAAGCUCCCCUCUCCCCCACCUUCUGUGGAACAGCCCACUGUACGGAACAGGUGCUAAGAUGGCGGCCCUCAUGGAGACUCUCCUGAGCGCAGCCAUGUUUCUCGCUUGACGGCGCCACUCAUGGACAAAGUCUCUGGCGAUCCGUAACAGCGCCUUGUUCAGUGAUUUCUUGGUGUCUCUGGAGCCAUUGAGCCUUACCCCUUACUGGAGGCUACAGAAUCCUCUGCAUACAGAUACCCCUCCAGCUUUGGAAGGUGGUCUGAGGCCCAAGGUGAACAUGCCAGCUAAUGGGAAAUCACCCCAGAGAUUCCCUGCCCUGAUGCCAGGAGAUCCUGGCACAUCAUUUGAGGGAUCUGUGUCAUUUGAGGAUGUGGCUGUGGAUUUCACCCGACAGGAGUGGCACAGACUGGAUCCUGCUCAAAGAACCAUGCAUAAGGAUGUGAUGCUGGAGACCUACAGCAACCUGGCAUCUGUGGGCCUCUGCGUGGCCAAACCAGAGAUGAUCUUCAAGUUGGAGCGAGGAGAAGAGCUGUGGAUAUUAGAGGAGGAAUCCUCUAGCCAUGGUUACUCAGGAUCUCUCUCACUGCUGUGUGGCAAUAGUUCUGUUGGGGAUAAUGUCCUCAGGCAUGAUAACAACCUUCUUCAGCAUCAGAAGAUUCAAGCUUUGGAUCAAAAUGUUGAAUAUAAUGUAUUUGGGAAAGGCUUCCAUGAGAAAACAGGCUUCAUUAGACAUAAAAUAACACAUAUAGGAGAUAAAAACUUUGAAUGUCAUGAAUGUGGGAAAGCUUAUUGCAGGAAAUCAAACCUCAUUGAACAUCUGAGAAUACACACAGGGGAGAGACCCUAUGAAUGUAGUGAAUGUGCAAAAACCUUCAGUGCAAGAUCAUACCUCAUUGCUCAUCAGAAAACUCACACAGGGGAGAAGCCCUUUGAAUGUAAUGAAUGUGGGAAAUCUUUUGGCAGGAAGUCACAACUCAUUCUACAUCGGAGAACACACACAGGAGAGAGACCCUAUGAGUGUACUGAAUGUGGGAAAACCUUUUCUGAGAAGGCAACCCUCACGAUUCAUCAGAGAACUCACACAGGGGAGAAACCCUAUGAAUGUGGUGAAUGUGGGAAAACAUUUCGUGUAAAGAUAUCCCUCACUCAACACCACAGAACUCACACAGGGGAAAAACCCUAUGAAUGUGGGGACUGUGGGAAAAAUUUCAGUGCAAAGAAAUCCUUAAAUCAACAUCAAAGAAUUCACACAGGUGAGAAACCCUAUGAGUGUGGUGAAUGUGGGAAAUUCUUCCGAAUGAAGAUGACUCUCAAUAAUCAUCAAAGAACUCACACAGGUGAAAAGCCCUAUCAGUGUAAUGAAUGUGGGAAGUCUUUCAGGGUGCACUCAUCUCUUGGCAUCCAUCAGAGAAUUCACACAGGAGAGAAACCUUAUGAAUGUAAUGAGUGUGGCAAUGCCUUCUAUGUGAAAGCACGCCUCAUUGAACAUCAGAGAAUGCAUUCAGGAGAGAAACCCUAUGAAUGUAGUGAAUGUGGGAAAAUCUUCAGUAUGAAGAAAUCCCUCUGUCAACACCAGAGGACUCACACAGGAGAGAAACCUUAUGAAUGUAGUGAAUGUGGAAAUGCUUUCUAUGUGAAAGUACGCCUCAUUGAACAUCAGCGAAUUCACACAGGAGAGAGACCCUUUGAAUGUCAAGAAUGUGGGAAAGCUUUCUGCCGGAAAGCACACCUCACAGAACAUCAGAGAACUCACAUGGGCCGGCCCUUGCUUUGCACCAUGGAGAAAGCCUCUCCCUGAAGAUUCCCCUAGCCACUGGAUCAAGCUCCUUGGGGCAUCUGAUCACCAGGGCACACAAAGUAUGCCUAUAACAAUUUGACACCUACAUUUGUGCCAGAAUAUGUCCUGGUCCCCUUAGGGGGUAGCUCAUUGUUGUUUUCAUUUGGAUUUCCCUAGUUAGUGAUGAGAUUUAACAUCUACUCUGUUGAUUGGCCAUUGGGUUUUUUCUUUGGUACACUGACUGUUCAUUGUUUUCUAAUGGGCUGUUCAUCUUUUACUCUUGGUUUAAAUGUUUAUUUAAUGUAUUAGAAUAUAAAAAUCCUUUUUUUCCAGUCUUAUGUGUUACAAGUAUCUUCUCUUGGACUAUGGGUAGUUCUUUAAUUUUGUCAUCUCUUUCCUCCUGCCGAUGUUUUAUGUUUUAGUAUUAUCAGUUUCAAGGUGAUGAUAUUCUCCUAUACUUUCCUCUAAAGUUAAGGUUUUCCUUUCAACAUUUAGAAUUUUAAUCUCCCAUGAAAUUUUUUUGUAUAAUAUGAAGUCUGUAAUAUAUAAUACUAUUUUUUCUUUUUAAAACUUUACAUAAAUGGGAUCACACUGUAUUUAAAGUUCUGCAGCUUGCCUUUUUCAUGUAAUGUUACCUUUCUUAGAUCUACCAAUGUUGAUAAAUAUAGAUCUGGUUUAUUCAUUUAUCCUUCCAUUCCCCUAGUGAAAGACAUUUGUAUUGUUUCUGUGUUUAGUGUCUAAACAUUUAAGUGGAACUGAUGGGUCAUAGGGUUUGGGCAAUUUGCCAGUUAUGAAGCUAUUGUGUCCCAGCUCCAAGCCCACCUUUCUUGACUGUGCUUUUUUUUUUUUUUUUUG